AACAGUCACACAGCCAGAUGCAGUCCAACACAGCACACCCAAAUCUGACUGCAUCUGACCGCUUUUUUGGUGCUGAGCCUUAUUAGAGAAUAAUAUUUUGAGGUCGAACUGAUGUCCAUGACGCCGUUAUCUUGAAACUUACUGGCGAAACAAGGAUUAAUACAUUUGAAAAGAUGGAUGACAUUGACGCCAUGUUCUCUGACCUGCUGGGGGAGAUGGACCUCCUCACUCAGAGUCUCGGUCAGGAAACAGUACCUCCCGCAUCUCUCCCCAGCGCCGACAAGGAAGUCAACCUCUCCAUUGGCUUCACCGACCUGAAUGAGUCCCUCCACGAACUGGAAGACAAUGAUUUGGAUGCGCUCAUGGCUGAUUUGGUGGCUGACCUCAACGCGACGGAAGAGAAACUUGCAGCAGAGAUAGAAGGUCUGAAGGUGCCAUCACCGCCCCCGUCGGACUUGCCGCCACCGCCUAAGGGUCUGAGCGCACACCCUGCCCCCUCCCUCGCUUCCCCAGCAUCACCCGCGAGCAGCACCAGCAGCAAUGUUAGCACCCCGGCCUCCUCUUCCACCUCCCCUUUACCACCUCCGCCUCCUCAGUCUGCAAAGCCUACGAGGGAGGAGCUGGAGGCGCAGAUGAAAGCAGACAAAAUCAAGCUUGCUCUUGAGAAGCUCAAGGAAGCGAAAGUUAAAAAGCUGGUGGUGAAGGUGCUGCUGAACGACGGCAGCUCUAAGACCCUGAUGGUCGACGAGAGGCAGAAUGUCAGGGAAGUUCUGGACAACCUGUUCGAGAAGACUCACUGCGACUGCAACGUGGACUGGAGCCUGUGUGAGACCAACGCUGAGCUGCAGCUCGAACGGACGUUUGAAGACCACGAGAACCUCGUGGAGCCUCUCUUAGCAUGGACGAGGGACAGCGAGAACAAAAUCCUCUUUCAAGAGCGGAGGGAAAAAAAUGAGGUUUUCAAAAACCCACAGAACUUCUAUCUAUGGAAGAAGGAUAAGAAAGCUCUCAAAGACAUAAAAGACAAAGACAAGGAGUUAUUAAUACGGGAGAACUUCGGUGGGACUUCCAUCAUCGUGCCUGACCUCGAGGCGGUGCUGCACCUCAAAGAAGACGGCAAGAAGUCCUGGAAACAGCGGCUCUUCCAGCUGAGGGCCUCGGGACUUUAUUACGUGCCCAAAGGGAAAACCAAGUCAUCCCGUGACCUCGUCUGCUUCGUCCAGUUCGAUAAUUUAAACGUCUACUAUGGCACAGACUUCAAGAGCAAAUACAAGGCCCCGACUGACUUCUGCUUUGUCCUGAAGCAUCCUCAGAUCCAGAAAGAGUCUCAGUACAUCAAGUACUUGUGCUGUGACGACGCUUGGACCAUGAACCUUUGGAUGACCGGAAUACGCAUAGCAAAGUACGGUGUGUCCUUGUAUGAAAACUACAAAACAGCGGAGAAGAAGGCUGCAGUCAGCUCCGUGUGGACGAACCGCAGCACUCCGUCCAGCUCCAACCCAUCAAUGCCGUCACCCACCACCAAAGCAAAAUCACCAAGCCAGGCCAAUGGUCAUGCUCCAAAGCCCCAACCAGGACCAGUUUCUAAGGACUUUGGAAAUGUCCCACCUCCACCUCCGCCAUUGGCCGAGAUCCUGCCCCCACCGCCUCCAGAUCCUGUCCUCCCCCCUCCACCACCUCCUUUGGCUGCCAAGAGUUCACCAAGACCUUCCCCACCCCAGCGACACCUGCCAACCAACUUCCCUCCACCUCCACCUGCAAUGGACAACCUCCCUCCCCCUCCGCCGCCCCCACCCAUCGAUGAUUCCUCAGAGGCCCCGCCAGAUUUCCUUCCACCCCCUCCUCCUGUCACUGGCUUUGGUUCUCUUCCUCCUCCCCCACUGCCAGUGAGCUCCCUACCACCGCCGCCUCCCCAAGCUAGUUUCGAAGGUAUGGACCAGUCCUUGCCUCCUCCACCACCGGAUCCUGGGUUUUUACCACCGCCUCCACCUCAGCCAGUGUUCACUGGGGCUGGAGCACCUCCUCCACCACCUCCUCCCCCUCCCCCUCCAGCUCCGCCAACUGCUGCCCCAAGAGCGGCGGUGCGGCCUUCCGGCUCAGUGAAGAAGGUUCCUCCAGCUCCGCCUAAGAGGACUACACCAUCGCUGCAUGGAGGAGGUGGCGGAGGAGGAGGUGGAGACUUCAUGUCAGAACUGAUGCUGGCCAUGAACAAGAAGCGUAGCAAUAACUAACCUGAGGAUCAAUAUAGUGCGAACUGCACCCGCACAACGACCAACUGAACUCUUAAUCAGAACAAAACAGCCAAUCUUUAUAUCCACAACAAUACUCUUAACAACUCCACCAUGAAGCCAGUGGAGAUCAUCUCCUCCGGGAAACAGACUUUUUCUUAACUGCUUAUUCAAGACAUAAUCUUGCAUGAAUCAAGAGCGAGGGCGAUUAUUCCGACGAGCAAAGAGCUAAACUUUAGAGAAAUUGUUAUAUUCAGUAUAUAAGACCUGUUUUGUACAGUAUUUGAAAACUUGAGUUCACAGACUGAAAGACUGAAAGAUCUGCUGAAAGAAAACAUGAUGCAGCAUCUGUUGAGGUUUAUUUUAGUUUAUUACAUAAAAAAUAUACUGCCACCAUCAUACUGUACUUCAAAGAGAAGCAUUUAUAGAUUUGUAUAUAUUGAGGCGUUUACAUGGAGGACUGUAAAUACUAAAAAAACAUCAUUUACUUGGGCGUAUACAGUGUGUCCCAUUACUGUAGCUUUCAGAUGAAUGUUGCCUAAAUAAGACAUUGUGAAUAAAUCCUUAAAAUUCCUGGUGGCAGAAGAAAUAUAUGAACUGAACAGCAUUUCUUACGGGAUUGAAUUGUUGGUUCUUCUUCCUGUCAUCGAGUACAACCUGCUACUGUCGGCUGUUUAAAAACACAAGCUGCAGCAACCUCCCUGGAAAUCUCAUAAUCAAUAUCACACCUCAGAAAUUCUAUGAAUGUAAUGUACGCAGUUCCCAUUUUGCAGCUCUGGUGUGUGCAUACUGCAUGUGAAUGGGGUGAAAAGUGAUGCUCUAUAUGAACGUCCAUCUUUUGAAAAGAUACAACACAGCCUCCACAGUGUAUUGUAUUUAUUUUGUUGCCAGUAUGGGAUCACAAGAUGUUUGUGUCAAGCAGUCAAAAUACAAUUUUAUGAGCAAAAUACAAUUAGAGUUUAAUUCCA